AGCUAGCAUUAGCCAUUAGGGUGUAAACAUCACAUAUGUCAAGUCUAUCCAUCUUCUCCACGCUGGAGGAGGUGAUACCAGUAUCGGACGAGGACCUCAGAGCUGGUAUUGGAUCAUUGACCCCUCAAAUCGUUACAGAAUACGUAUUCUACCUAAGAAACGUAGAGAGAAAAAACCGAGCAGAAAAGGAUAUAGCAGUGGCAGAUAAAGAUGUAGCAGUCGCGGAGAAUGUACGGUUAGAGAUAAAGUUGGAAACAUUACAGAAAGAGAUGGACAGGGACAGAGGAAUGCCAAACGAUCAUGCUGCACCGCCCUCUGCUCCACCCCAAUACGAUGCUUUACCCGACCUUCCCACUCCUAGCUUCGGGGGACUCAGUUUAAGUGCAGCACAGAGUUCAACAUCACCAAAUGAACAACAUGGGUGUUUGAUACAGGCAAUAGAUGGCCCUGCAGCUGGCUGCGCUCUGACUCACAACUCUGAUCCAAAGAACGAACAAUCUUACUGGGUCCACACUCAACCAACAACUCCUCCAUGGGGGCAGGACAAGUGGAAAAUUAUAUUAACUGAAGUUAAUUCUCAGAAAUGUUACAACAUUAAAGCAACAACAAACCAGCAACAAUCAGCAACAAAAAUUCCAGAUCCCAACACUGGUCGGAUGUUAGUGGUACUCAAUGAUAAUCAUGGAGACGACGGUAGAGCACUAGUUCAUGACACCCCACAUAGCAAAGCAAACGAGUGCUGGAUGAUCGAGUAUGUUAACAAGAAAAACAAAUCUUUUGGCUGCAGAAUACGAAAAACUCAAGAUAGACAAAAAGAUAAAUACCUCGUGUCCAGAAGGCAGCGGGAUAUGGCAACGUUUUGGGUCGACGUAACGGAAAAUAUUGAAGAUGCUACAUGGUGGCAGAUAUUUGGACAACAGCCACAACCACUGCCUUUUGGUGACUCGCAACCAUCAUCCUCUACUAAUCGACCUGUUGUCCAAAUAGAAAUUAAUAGCUCUAUGAAAGAGGAUACUUACAUUUUCAAGAUAUUCAACAAAAAAUAUCACGGACCAUUAUGUCCUACAAACGAUUUAGGUAAAGGAAAAUAUAAACUGGCUUUGGUAAACGAGCGACAUGACUACGAGGAUGGAGGCAAGGAGUUAAUACGAGUAUGCGGACCACGAUUGAAUAGAUAUAAUAUAUAUGUAUUCACAAUAAGGUUUGGGGAGUUUGGUACUUUGUUGUGUAAUAACAAUAUGGAUUCUUUUGCGUUUAGAGUAGAGUGGCAAAUUCAAAAGAUGAGUGACGGAGCCUAUAUGAUAAUCAACGCGAAAACGGGACAAGCAUUGAAGUGUGACGACGCAAAAGAUGGGAGAGGCAAUCACCAAGUUCGGGCAAUCAAACCAAGCUCGAAUGAUGAAAAUGAUGGAAGCAAUCGUUGGAUUUUCCAAUUAAUGAUAACCCCUGUGAGGUUUAGUCACAAUGUUUAGUCAUGAGGUUUAGUCAUGAAGUUUAGUCACGUGUAGACAAGGUUCAGCCUGCUAGAAGGACUGAAUUUGAUAUUUAACCAAAAUUAGUUGGGUGAGUACUACCCGGAGUCAGGAAUCAACCUCAACGACUGAAGGAAAUUAAUAACAUUCAGUAUUAAAUUAAACACACACACUUAUAUAACAGUGUUAACUAAAACUUGAUAUAAACAAAAUUGUUCAUUCCUCAUUAAUUUAAAUUAAACUAAGUUUUUUAUAUCUUAGCCAAGCCAUAUAUUAUCUUAUAGCUAGAUGUCUGUGACAUAUUUUAUUUAGAAUUGAGAGAAUUGAUUUUAUAAAUUGAAAGAUUCUAUGAUUCCUCUUUGAUUUUUAUAGCAAUAUUAUAUAUACUUCGAAUUGGACUGGAAUUUAAAUUAUGUUAUUUAAAUAUUUAAGUACACUUUUAUCUAUCAUGCUAUAUUUAGAAUGAAAACCAUAAUUUUAAAUCUGUAUUCAACUGCUUAAAUUUUAAGUAAAAAUUUGAUUAAUCUAUAUAGUCAUAUAUUUCAUUAGACUAAAAAACUAAAAUUUGUAUUCAAUUUUAAUUAUAAGCUUAAUAAUUAAUAAUAAU